AUGGUUCAAACACUACGAUCUCAUCUCUCCAUUCUCGAGAACAGCGCUUCCCUCUAUGGCUCAUGUUCCGCCUUCCGCAUCCCUCGUCUGGACAAGGAUACCAACAAGGUUCAGACUUGGGAUUCGGUCACUUACGAGGAGUUCAAACAAGACGUCGAACUCUUUGCCAGCCACUGGGCCAGAAUACUCAAGGCCGACGGCAUCCCUCCCCGGUCUGUUGUAGGAAUGUGGAUUGGUGGCAUGACCUACACGGACGUGCUCCAGAUUUACGGUCUCACCCGAGCCGGCUACGUCCCACAACUCUUCAGCAUUCGUCUCCCCAACCCCGUCGUCAUUUUCGAGCUCCUUCAGCGCGCCAACGCCAAAGCACUUAUCUACGAGACCUCCUUCGAAUCCGUCCUCUCCGACUGCCCUUUCCCUUCCUACCGUGCCAUAUCCAUCUCCGACGCUGACCCGCGUAGCGAGCCUCUUCCGACACUCCCAACACCUCUUGACGAGAACGAACCUGUCUUCAUCUUCCACACCAGCGGCUCAACCUCCGGCAGCCCGAAGGUCGUCCCUUGCAGUAGAAAAUGGCUGGACUGCGCCGUCACGAAGACUUACCAGACCGGCUACCCAAUAUCUGAGAGGGACGUUACCGUAUGGAUGGGAAGCAUGUGCCACAUCGGACAAACGUGCACGCUUCUGGGCUCUAUGCAACACGGGACUUGCACCAUCCAACCAUCCGUCAUCUCCUUUCCUCCAGAGGAAUUGAUGUCCAUGGUUCAAGAAUGUGGCCUCAACCGUCUUUGCCAAUUCGCCGCAUUCUUGGCCACCUGCCUACGCACAUCACGCAAAAACCCCAAACUCCUCGCGACCCUGAAAAGCCUGGAUGAGAUUAUUUACAGCGGUCUUCCUCUUUCGAGAGACGAAGAGGAGUGGGCCUACAGUAACGGCAUGAAGUUGAGGAACCUCUUCGGAAGCACGGAAUGUGGCCCCAUGUUACUCAGUAACGGAGGCAACGAUCAGUCCGCUCCAUUCCUUCGUCCUCUCAAAUCUACCUCCUAUGCCUUCAUCCCCAUCACGUCCAGUCAGGCUUCUUCUUCAGAAGCCGGCCACGCCACUGUCGCUUCGCAAAUGGUCGAGCUCGUCAUCCUCGCAGAUUCUGGUGACUGUCCCGACAAUUCUCUCAGAGCGGCAGAUGGACACUUCCACACAGGUGACCUGUUCUUGGAGGUCAUGCCCAAUCAAUACGCCUUCCGAGGGCGAGAUGACGACUGGAUCAAGAGCGAGAACAGCUUGCGCUGUGACACGAAAGCGAUCGAGGAGAACAUUCGCACCACAUGCAGUGAACUCAUCUCCGAGUGCGUUGUUGUUGGGACAGGACGCCCUUCACCGGUGUUGUUCGUGGAGCCAGCCACCGACUGCGAUCACGCAAAACUCAAGCGGGAUAUUCUCCGGCGUACACGUCAGUUUCAUUCGCGUCGAUAUCUCCAUGAGCGCAUCACCUCCGCCAACAUGAUCGUCGUCGUUGCUCGCGGCACUUUACCACGGACUGUCACGAAGGGGAACAUCCGCCGCAAGGCAGUCGAGGAGGCAUAUCAACCUGUGCUCGACAAGCUCUACGGUGUUGUUUGAUUAUUGGGUUUUCUGGCAUCUCUCCUUUUGGCUCCGUGUUCUCUACUAGAUUAGACAUGUCGACUAUUGACCGCAUAGCAUCAUAGACCCACCUUCUUCGCUCAUCACUGCAAACUUUUUUCCCCAUAACUUAUUACCUGUUCUUUCUCCGAGCACAAUAUAAGUACUGUACGCGUAGACUAUAUUACUUGCACCCAUAGUGACAUCCCCUUUGCCCCC